GAGGUGGCGCUUGUCUCCUCCCCGGAGCGAACGUAUAGCGGGAGCGGAGGGGGUGGGAGCGCCGCGCAUCGGGGGAGGUGCUCUGAAGCCGAUGUCAGUCACAGCGCCGAGCAGCAGCCACCCAGGAGGGGCACGGAGGAAACCCCAGAGACUGUCUGAAUCUGGCCAGGACUCAGGAGCAAUGUCUCAACAGUUCCUUUAUCGGGCACUGGUGUCAGCUAAGUGGCUCUCAGAAACCAUCAAGUCCCCUCAGGCUGGGCAGGCUGUGAAGAUCCUGGAUGCAUCCUGGUACCUCCCGAAGAUGAAGCGUGACCCCCGGCAUGAGUUUGAGGAGCGCCACAUCCCUGGUGCUGCUUUCUUUGACAUCGACCUAUGCAGUGACCGCACGUCGCCAUAUGACCACAUGCUGCCCAGUGCAGAUGACUUUGCAGAGUAUGUGGGCAAGCUGGGCGUGGGGAACGACUCCCACGUGGUCGUGUAUGAUGCCAGUGAUCAGGGUCUCUUCUCUGCUCCCCGUGUCUGGUGGAUGUUCCGGGCCUUUGGGCACCAUGCCGUCUCCCUUCUGGACGGUGGGCUGAAGAACUGGCGGCGGGAGGGGUACCCACUGAGCUCUGGCAAGAACCGAGCAGUUCCUGUGGAGUUCCAUGCCUCCCUGGACAAGUCCCUGGUGAAGACCCAUGAGGACAUAGAGGAGAACAUAGAGUCACGUCGCUUUCAGCUUGUUGAUGCUCGCCCUGCAGGGCGGUUCAGAGGGACGGAGGCAGAGCCCAGGGAAGGAAUUGAGCCUGGUCAUAUUCCUGGCUCCGUGAACAUCCCCUUCUUGGAUUUCCUCACAGAAGCUGGCUUUGAGAAGACCCCUGAGGCAAUCCGCAGCUUAUUCCAGGAGAAGAAAGUGGACCUCUCAAAGCCAGUGGUAGCCACAUGUGGCUCAGGAGUCACUGCCUGCCACGUGACCCUGGGGGCGUACCUCUGUGGCAAGCCAGAUGUGGCUGUCUACGAUGGUGCCUGGGUGGAGUGGUACAUGCGGGCGCGGCCUGGAGAGGUCAUCUCUGAGGGCAAAGGCAAGACCCUCUGAAGCAAUGCUUCAGCCCCUGCAGUGCAGACAAAUUGCCUUGAAACAGGCUUUCAGAGAUGGUCUUAGCCUUUCCUGUUUUAAAAUCAUGGUGGUAUUGAGUGACGGUCUUGGGUGACAAAUCUAAACACACAUGGUUCUAGCCCCUUUCCCCUACUCCCCUCCCCCUUCUCACCCACAAACCCCACCCCUCACUUUUCUGGGCAUGGAAGAUGCCUUUUUACAGUAUCUUAUUGGGGUGGGGGGAAGCACUUGCCAUGGGAUGGUGGAAUAAUUGAUUCAGGCUGGACUCAUCAGCUGGGAUGAUCUCUCCUAUUUGGACA